GAUCCUGCCGCAUUGACAGCCUUGUUUAAUGGCUGCCUUCCCGCUUAUCACACCUCAGCCUGAUUAAAUUGUUAUAUAAAGAGAAAUGUUUUUGCAAUAAAUAUCUGUCGGGAAUUUCAAUCGGGUUCCAAGGCCAAAACGACAAACAAAAAAAGAAUUGCCUGUCAUCAAGAAACUUGUAGCGUAGAAGACAGAGAAACAAUCACAAAUUGUUAGCUGGAAUUGAGUCUACAUUGGCAAACUUCAGAUCCAGACACAGGACUCAGCGAUACAUUCCUGGACAGCAAGGUACUAAAAUGGCAACCACAAUCUGUUUCAUCAUCUGGGUGUUAUUCAUAACAGAUACUGUAUGGACUCGAAGUGUGAGACAGGUUUAUGAGCCAAAUGAUCCAGAGGACUGGAUGAUGCAUGACUUCCAUUGUCCCAGGGAAUGUUUCUGUCCCCCCAGUUUCCCUACCGCUUUGUACUGUGAAAACCGGGCUCUCAAAGCAAUCCCUGCUAUACCAUCAAGGAUCUGGUAUCUUUAUCUUGAAAACAACCUGAUAGAAACCAUUCCUGAGAAGCCAUUCGAGAAUGCCACCCAGCUGAGAUGGAUAAAUCUAAACAAGAACAAAAUAACCAACUAUGGAAUUGAAAAAGGAGCCCUGAGCCAACUGAAGAAGCUGCUUUUCUUAUUUCUGGAAGAUAAUGAGCUAGAGGAGGUACCUUCUCCAUUGCCAAGAAGUUUAGAACAAUUACAAUUAGCUAGAAACAAGGUGUCCAGAAUUCCUCAAGGGACCUUUAGCAAUCUGGAGAACCUGACCCUUCUUGACCUGCAGCACAAUAAACUAUUAGACAAUGCCUUUCAAAGAGACACCUUUAAAGGACUCAAGAACCUCAUGCAGCUAAAUAUGGCUAAGAACUCCCUGAGGAAUAUGCCACCAAGAUUACCAGCCAACACUAUGCAGCUGUUUUUAGACAACAAUUCCAUUGAAGGAAUACCAGAAAAUUAUUUUAAUGUGAUUCCUAAAGUGGCCUUCCUGAGACUCAACCACAACAAAUUAUCAGAUGCUGGCCUCCCUUCUAGUGGUUUUAAUGUAUCAUCAAUUCUAGAUCUUCAACUGUCUCACAAUCAACUCACAAAGGUCCCCAAAAUCAGUGCUCAUCUGCAGCACCUUCACCUCGAUCAUAACAAAAUUAAAAAUGUGAAUGUCUCUGUAAUAUGUCCUACCACUCCUAUCACAUUGCCUGCGGAACACGAUUCCUUCAGUUACGGACCUCAUCUUCGCUACCUCCGUCUGGAUGGAAAUGAAAUCAAACCACCAAUCCCAAUGGAUUUAAUGACCUGCUUCAGGCUCCUUCAGGCUGUCAUUAUUUAAACAUGUCUUCAACAAUCUAAAAUUCAUUUAAUGAGUUCAUAUUUCUGACCUGAAAUUUGGUUGCCAUUCAUAGGUUUAAGAUAAAAAUCACUUUUCUAAUUGCUUAUGGCCACCAUUUUUAUUUGUAUAGCUUACUUUUUUUCUAUUCAAAGUUGCUUUUCCCCAUGAUAUGUAGCACAGACUGCUUUUCUUUAAUUAGUAAAACAGACACAGAGUUAAGAUAGUUUAUCAGCUCAAAGAUAGUUCCUUUUUGUCUCUCUCACAGCUUAUUAAUACCAAAUAAUACAAAUACAUUGUGAUUCAAUAGGAAGGAUAUAUUUGUUUGCAAAUGUUCAAAAUUGCUUAUGCAGAUAUUAUAUUCACAGUAUAAACACAACAUCUAACAGGAGGUAGGAAUUUCUAGAGAAAAUGAAAAAAUGAGAUAUUUCUUUAUCAUAAUUAUAAAGAAAUAAUUAAAUUCAGAUUGUUAAGUAACAUUUGUAAGUAUAAGUCUGGUACUUAGCUCAAGAAUGGGUAUGAGGGCUUCCCUGGUGGCGCAGUGGUUGAGAGGCCACAACAGUGAGAG